AUGAUCACUCUCCACGAUGCCGCUGCCCAGGGCAGUCUUACCCCAGAUACCCUUGAUCAUUACAAAUCGGCCUCUCUCCACUUUAACAUUGACGAAAUCGAUCGCAAGGGUCGCACAGCCCUUGCUUAUGCUUCUCUAAAGGGCCAUAUCGACGUUGUCAAGAUCUUAUUAGGCGAAAAUGCGAACGUCAAUCAUAUCAACGACAAGAAUCGAACUGCGCUAUGGUAUGCAUCUUUCAGCCACUCUUCCGUCACUCAGCAGCGACGUCGCGAAGUCAUCGAGUAUCUCUUGCAUAAAGGUGCAGAUCCCGAUGUCCAAGCAAUAGAUGGCACCACUGCCCUCAUGAAGCUCAUUGAGCAUCGGGAUCCCGGUGCCAUCAAGCUUCUGACAGACAUGGGCGCAUCUACUACCAUAGGAGUCAAGAAAGGAACAAACCCUGUGACCAUUGAAGAGUUCGCAGAGGCCACCAAAGACCCGGCGGUGAUUCAGGCCAUCAAACAAGAUUCAUUGCCUGCCAAGAACAGGGAUGAAAUUGUGACUGAGAUUAUCAACUACUUCUUCAAGUCCAUUGGUUUCAUGAAUCAUACCCUCAAAGGUGCAGUCAAGACAAUCUUUGGCAUCCAGGGUAACAUGAAUCAGUCCUUUGGUUGCGUACCCGAGAACAUGCGAUCCAACGUCUCGAACGCCGCAGAUGCCCCACCCGAAAGGACUGAGGUUCUGAGGAACAGAAUCUUCACCGACUCAAACAUGACUGAUUCUCUCGGCUUCGGAGAUCCCCAGCCUCAGUCCCAGUCCCAGCCUCAGCCCCAGUCCCAGACCCCAGAUGCCAGAACAGUUGCUCUCCCUCCAGUUACAGAUGAUGUUCCGAACGACGUUACAAAUGAUGUUACUUCUGUUCCGCUUGUGUCGGAGAUUUCAGAACACACCACGGCAGAAGAAUUCCAGGCCAGCAUGAUGCAGUUUAUUGGUGACACCGGACUCGAUUAUUUCUUUCAAGAGGGUGAUGAUAUCCUAAAAACCAUCGCGAGCAAAGCAGUGGAGCUUCAAGGAAAAGAAGACAACUUGCUCAAAAAAGGCAAGGAUAUCGAGGACAUUACGAAGCUUGCUCUUUACCAACCGGUCUUUUAUUGCGACGACAGUGGUUCCAUGAAACAAGGCACACGUCAGUCCGACCAGAUUGACCUUGUUCGACGAGUCGCUCGAAUCUCUACAUUGUUGGUACCCGACGGCUUCGGAGCUGGCUUACUCUUCAUCAACGACAAACGCGAUAUGAACCCAAAGCUUAAAGCUGAGGAAGUCGAAGAGAUCAUGAAGACAACCAAGCUCGGUGGUAAGACCAGGAUCGGCACCCAACUCGAACAAAAGAUUCUCAAGCCCCUGAUCUACGAUGUCAUCAAGGCGGAGAAAAAGAUUGAAAGACCUAUUCUCAUUUCCUGCAUUACGGAUGGCUGUGCCAGUGGUGAAACCAGAACCAAGUUCAAGGAGGCAAUUGUCAACUGCAUUGAAUUCCUUACCGAACACGAUUACCCUACUCAAACUGUUCGAUUCCAAAUUAGUCAGAUUGGCAACGAUUCCUCUGCCGCGGAUUUUCUCCAACAGCUAAAAGAGGAUGAGGAACUCAGUGAUUGGCUCUACUGCACCACACAGCGCCUUGAUGAAGGAUGCAGAGAAUUCAACGAGAAUGAAGAGGAUCUCGAGCGCUGGCUUCUGCAAACGCUCAUGGGGCCGAUUGCCAGCUUGGGAAGCUGCAGCGACUAA